GAAAAAGAAAGCAACAGGAAAAGAAAGAAAAAGAAAGCAAAAAGAAGAAGAAGAAGAAGAAGAAGAGCGUCUCUUUGAGAAAGUGCUUUGGGAUUAGUUUCCUCCUCCACUUGCUGGCCAGACCCUGCAGACUGGUGAUGGCAGUCCUGUCCCGGACCGCGCCGCCGCCGCCGCCGCCGCUGGUGCCCCUGCUGCUGCUGCUUCUGCCCCUGCUGCUGGGACUCGUGCUGAGCCUGGCUGCGGCUGACCAGGCUGGUGAAAUAGAUAAAGAGGACCUGCUGAAGAACAGACUGAAGGAAUAUGGCCUCGUGACGCCCAUCAGCACCGACUCUCAGGGACACUACCUGUCUCACCUCCUGUCCGCCAACCACAAGCAGCGCGUCAAGCGGGAGGUGUUUACCACUGGCGAGACUGAACCGGGCCUCUUCUUCAACAUCACCGCUUUUGGGAAGGAGUUCCACCUUCGCCUGGAGCCCAACGACAGGCUGGUGGCCCCGGGUGCCAUGGUGGAGUGGCACGACGAGGUCCAGGGCCUUGGAAACUUCAGCGACAUCGAUGACACCGGCGCCAGCGCCAACUGGACCGAGCCCGCUGGCGGGACGGAGAGGAUACUGCACCGCGAGCUGCUGAAAACCGACUGCACCUUCAUCGGUGACAUCACAGAUGUUCCCGGGGCCUCGGUUGCCAUUAACAACUGUGACGGACUGGCUGGGAUGAUCCGGACCGACACGGACGAGUACUUCAUCGAGCCGCUGGAGAGGGGCACCCAGGAGCAGGAGGACCAGGGCAGGGUCCAUGUCGUUUACCGCCGGUCAGCGCUCCUGCGAGAACCCUCUGACAUUUCUGUGGACUACGAGCUACCAGAGCCGGAGCUGGACAUAGCAGGAGCCCUGGAUAGCGUUGCCCGGCAGGUCAACCAGACCGUGAGAAGAUGGCGGCGCCAUGCAGGGGAUGAUGACUACAACAUUGAGGUGUUGUUGGGGGUGGAUGACUCGGUGGUCCGCUUCCACGGGAAGGAGCACGUCCAGAACUACCUCCUCACACUCAUGAAUAUAGUGAACGAGAUUUACCACGACGAGUCUUUGGGGAGCCAUAUCAACGUGGUUUUGGUGAGGAUGAUCAUGCUCGGAUAUGCCAAGUCCAUCAGCCUCAUUGAGAGAGGUAAUCCGUCACGGAGCCUAGAGAACGUAUGCCGGUGGGCCUUUGUGCAGCAGAAAGCCGACCCCGACCACUCGGAGCACCACGACCACGCCAUUUUCCUCACGCGCCAGGGCUUCGGCCCCACCGGGAUGCAGGGUUAUGCUCCAGUAACCGGUAUGUGCCACCCAGUGCGGAGUUGCACCCUCAACCAUGAAGACGGCUUUUCCUCUGCCUUUGUUGUGGCCCAUGAGACGGGACAUGUAUUGGGGAUGGAGCACGAUGGCCAGGGCAACCGCUGUGGGGACGAAACAGCCAUGGGGAGCGUCAUGGCGCCUCUGGUGCAAGCGGCCUUUCAUCGCUACCACUGGUCCAUGUGUAGCGGACAGGAGCUGAAGCGAUACAUCAACACCUAUGACUGUCUUCUGGACGACCCCUUCAAACAUGACUGGCCUCAACUGCCCGAACUUCCUGGCAUCAACUAUUCUAUGGAUGAGCAAUGCCGGUUUGACUUCGGUGUGGGUUAUAAGAUCUGCACCUCGUUCCGUACAUUUGACCCGUGCAAACAGCUUUGGUGCAGUCAUCCAGACAAUCCUUAUUUUUGCAAGACCAAGAAGGGUCCGCCCCUCGAUGGGACAGAAUGUGCACCGGGGAAAUGGUGCUACAAAGGUCACUGCAUGUGGAAAAAUCCUAAUCAGGUGAAGCAGGAUGGAGUCUGGGCGUCUUGGAGCAAGUACGGCUCCUGCUCGCGCUCCUGUGGAACCGGGGUCCGCUUCAGGACACGCCAGUGCAGCAACCCAGCGCCCUCCAACGGCGGCCAGGACUGCCCGGGAGUAAACUACGAGUACCAGCUCUGCAACACAGACGACUGCCCCAAGCAUUAUGAGGAUUUCCGAGCCCAGCAAUGCCAGCUCCGCAACUCUCAGUUUGAGUACCAGAACACCAAACACCACUGGCUUCCCUACGAGCAUCUCGACUCCAACAAGAGGUGCCACCUGUACUGCCAGUCAAAGGAAACGGGAGAUGUGACUUACAUGAAGCAGCUGGUGCAUGAUGGGACUCGCUGUUCGUACAAGGAUACAUACAGCAUCUGCGUGCGCGGAGAAUGUGUGAAAGUUGGCUGUGACAAAGAAAUCGGCUCCAGCAAAGUCGAGGACAAGUGCGGCGUCUGCGGUGGGGACAACUCUCACUGCCGCACGGUUAAAGGAACCUUCACCCGCACCCCGAGGAAAGCAGGGAAGACCAGAGGAGCCUUCUCCUUGCCCAAAGGAGCUCGAAAUGUGUAUCUGAACGAAACGGAGGAUUCUAGAAAUGUGUUUGGUUACCUUAAGAUGUUUCUCAUUCCACCCGGGGCUAGACAUGUGGUCGUCCAAGAGCAUGAGGCGUCCCCUCAAAUUCUUGCGAUCAAGAACCAGGCGACGGGCCAUUACAUCCUGAAUGGGAAAGGCGAGGAGGCCAGGUCCAAAAGCUUCAUCGACCUGGGCGUGGUGUGGGACUACAUCAUCGAGGACGGUGUGGAGACUCUGCACACAGAUGGACCUCUGCAUGAUCCCGUGGUGGUUCUGAUUAUACCCAAAGACAAUGAGACCAGGUCCACUUUGAUGUACAAGUACAUCAUCCACGAAGACUCGGUGCCCAUCAACAACAACAACGUCAUCCAGGAGGACACGUACGAGUGGGCUCUGAAGAGCUGGUCCCCCUGCUCCAAACCCUGCGCUGGAGGGUUUCAGUACACCAAGUACGGAUGUCGAAAGAAAGGCGAUACCAAGAUGGUCCAUCGAGGCUACUGCGAUGUCAAUAAGAAGCCGAAACCCAUCCGCAGAAUGUGUAACUUGCAGGACUGCACACAGCCCCAGUGGAUGUCAGAGGACUGGGAGCAUUGUUCCAAAACCUGCGGCAGCCUCGGCUUCCAGAUCCGCACCGUGCGCUGUGUGCAUUACCUCCACGACGGCACCAACCGCUCAGUCCACAGCAAAUACUGCAGCGGCGAGAAGCCCGAGAGCCGGAGGCCAUGUAAUCGGGUGCCGUGUCCGGCCCAGUGGAGGACCGGAGUGUGGUCCGAGUGCUCGGUGACCUGCGGAGAGGGGAUGGAGAGACGUCUGGUGACCUGUCGGAUGGGAGAUCAGUGCAGCGGAGAGAAACCGGAGGCCCUGAGGCCGUGCAGACAAGGACCCUGUCACGAUGAGCCCUGUAACGGAGACAAAUCCAUCUUCUGCCAGAUGGAGGUCCUGGCGCGGUACUGCUCCAUCCCGGGCUACAACAAACUGUGUUGCGAGUCCUGCAGCAAACGUAGCGGCGCCUUCUCUCUGCUCCCCGAGGCCACCGAGACAGAGGAGCGGCUACGGUUCGGGUCGGCCUCCCAGCUCCUGGAGACGUUAUCAGCCACAGUCAACGCCAGCAGCACCCACGGUGGCAGAGGCAAAGGACCGGUGCCAUCAGGGAACUCUGCAAAGCAGACGGCCACCCCUGCUCCGCUGAGGAAAGGCCCGCCGCAGACCGGCAACGCGCAAAAGCGGGUUUUUCCGCAGCACAGCAUUCGCGGGGGGAGGAACCUCCCCGCCUUGGCGCCGCCGUCGCUGGCGGCCGGGCCCAAGAGACGGGAGGACAUGGUGGAGGAGGGUCAAAGGUCAGAGAGCCGGUGGCCCACGGCAUAUUCUGAGGUGGAGAGAUGA